AUGCGGAAGCUCAAGAGAAUAACGUGCAUAGCGGUGUUUCUCUGGCAGGCCCAUCCACUCUACCCUUUGAUCCUCUUCGACAACAGAGACGAGUACCAUAACAGGGCGACGAAGGCAGCGUCGUGGUGGGAAGACACCGAAACAGAGAUACUGGGAGGAAUAGACGAGGUUGGAGGAGGGACAUGGCUGGCCUGUUCCAGAGAGGGAAGAGUUGCCUUCCUCACUAACGUCUUGGAGUCCCAUACUCUCCAUCAUGCCAGAACGCGGGGCGAACUCCCACUCCUUUUUCUCAGAAGCAGGAAGAGUCCGAGGGAAUUUGCGGAAGGACUGAAGACGGAAGGAGAGUAUUACAAUGGAUUCAAUUUGGUGGUGGGAGAUAUAGAGUCCAAAUCCAUGGUUUAUAUGAGCAACAGAGGGCCAAAAGCACAAGGUGGGAGUUUCCACAUACAGGAGGUGAAGCCAGGCCUUCAUGUUGUUUCUAACGCAAGCUUGGACUCGCCUUGGCACAAGGCUGAGCGGCUUCGUGUUCUGUUCGAACGAGAGGUGGCCAAGUACGGUGACGAACCUAUUCCACUGGACCACGUGGCUGGUGCUGUUAUGAAGGACUCUGUAAAAGCCCCACCUGCUCUGCUCCCUCACAUUUGCUCUCCUGAUUGGGAACUUCCCUUGAGCUCCAUCUUCGUCCAUUUCCACACACCCAGGGGUGUUGUUGGGACUCGGAGUAUCACGGCCUUGUCCGUAACAUGGAGCGGGGAAGUAAGGUUUUACGAGCUGUAUUUGGAUGUGGAUAACACUAACACCUGGAAGGACCAUCUUUUCACUUUCUUUAUCCAGAAGAAACACAACCUCCGCAAGCAAAUUCGUCAUGUUCCUUUGCCCCAAGUUCCUCUGGAGUUGCAAAUUUCAACGUGAACCACACUUGAUAUAUAUAUAUGGUCUUGUACAUACAGCAAAUAAAUACAUAAAAAUCAAAUAUGUCUGCUUUCCAUUGAAAUCCAAGAUUUUCAAAUAUUAGAACCUCAGAGCUAGAAUCUGAUCCCACCUCGACUAGCCUUCUGCCUUAUUCAUUCCCCUCCUCAUUCCUCUCAUCCUUUGUUUUAUGUUUGUCUCCACAACUUUGUCUGGUCAUUGUUGGAACACGAUGCUUGUUAAAAGAAGCUAUGUAAGGUUCAUAAUGUCCGUGGGACAUUUGUUUUUAGGAAAUCAUUGCCCAUUGUUUGAAAAAAAAAAAAGCAGCAACUCGAAUCAAGAAAUUCCACAAGGCAGGACUAGACACUUUUAUUACACUGCAAUUCUUAUUGCUUGAAGUAAAGACGCAGAAUACCUAUCAUGAAUCGUAGCUCACAAUUGUUCCCAACACGAUGAAAAUGCUCUCUCUCUCACACUCUCCCCACCUCUAGCUCGUUGUUCAAGCAACAUUCAAGGUGUCUGUAAAUUGGACUCGGACUCGGAGGAAGGCCGGUUCUUCAAUUCCGGCUGCCUGAUCUCCUCCAUCAUUCUCACAAUUUCGUCCAUCCUAGGCCUCAUGUCCGGCACCUUCACCACGCAUGCCAGCGCAAUCUGAAGCAUCUGCACCAUUUCCUCUUCCACAUAUCGCCCUCUCAGUAGCUCCUCGUCGAACACCUCGGCCGUCCAUUCCUCGCGAACGACGGAUCUCACCCACCUCGGGAGAUCCACCACCUCGUCAUGGCCAGGGUAUCUCAUUGGGCAUUUCCCCGUCAGCAUUUCCAGGAGAAGCACCCCGAAGCUGUAGACAUCGGAUUUAUGGGUGAUUUUUCGGGCGUCCGUUACUUCUGGAGCGCGAUAGCCGUUGGAUCUGGACAUGGUUGCCGGAGUGUUCAUCAGAGGAGGCAAUCCGACGUCGGAGAUGCAGCAAUCGAGGUCUUGUGUUAGGAGGACAUUGGUGGACUUGAUGUUGCCGUGCGUGAAUUUUGGACCCCCUUCAGAGUGUAUGAAGGCUAUUCCCUUGGCACCUCCAAGUGAGAUCUUCAUUCUUGCAUCCCAGUCUAAUGGAGUUCUUCCUUCACCCCUGUUUCCUGUUGUUUUUUGGAUAGAAGAAUCAGGUUGAUUUAUCAGCAGUAUCGCAGUUGACAAUUUAGAUGGAUAGAAGACUGACGAAAACAAAACCAAGAGAAGAUUCUUAAUGGUAGUUUUAAGUGUUUAAUUUUGCAAAUGUUCAAUCAGCUUGCUAUUAGACAGUAGUAGUUAAGCUGCUUGCAUAAGCAGCAAUUGGAUUAGCAAAUUAGUACCCCAGUUUAAGAGUGCCGAGGAAUUUGAUUUUACUUUCCUUGAUUUGAUGAUUAAGUGAAGUUCUUGGCUCGAACAAACUGAGCACAACUAAGCCAGAAUAAUGAAUCAUUUGACAGUUCCUUCAAA